AUGUUGGCUUUUAUAUUUGGAAUACUCGCAAUUGGCAGUUCAGCGAUAAAAGUCUCUGAGGAACCUGAAUCUGCAGUUCCUAAUGGCUACAAACUCUUUACUUUUCCAGCCUUCAUCGAUAAUUGGAGCUACAAUGGAGCUUUUUUCAAUUUAAGAUACUAUAUCAACACUAACUAUUGGAAUGCCACCCUUCCUGGGCCCAUUUUCUUCUACUGCGGAGGAAACGGAGCAAUUGAAGCUUACAUGAGCAACACAGGCUACAUUGACUCUCUAGCACAGCAGAUGCAGGCAAUAGUGGUUUAUGCAGAACAUAGGUAUUUUGGCUCAUCUCUGCCAUUUGGCAAUAUAAGUUUCACACCUGCAGGACAUGCCAAGUACUUGUCGCCUCACCAAGCCAUUGCUGACUUUGCUUAUCUGAUCACAUCUCUUGAAGCUGCUUAUGAUCAAGCACCAGUCAUCGUGUGGGGAGGUGGUUAUGGAGGAAUGUUGGCUGCCUGGAUGAGACUGACAUAUUCGAAUCUGGUCAGAGGAGCAAUUGCUUCGUCAGCGCCUGUGCUUGCUUUUAAUGGAACUGUUGAUCCUAAUGCUUUCAACGCAUUCGUGACAAGUGUAUAUGCAAGUCAAGUCCCAGAGUGCCCAGCAAUUAUAGCUGUAGCAUUUGAUAAUCUUAGGUCUCUGUAUGGAAAUGAAACCGCAUAUGAGCGGCUUACUGAGAUAUUCCAGCCUUGCAGUCCAAUUCAAUCUAUUCAAGACGUCGUAAAUCUUUCAAUUUGGCUGCAAAACGCUUUUGUAGCUCUCUCCAUUUUUAACUACCCUUACCCAACUUCUGUUAUAUACCCAAUACCAUCAAAUCCAGUCGCCCAAGCUUGUGAGAUGGUAAAGUAUGCAAAUGCUGACGAUUUCUGGGAAACUAUAGAGGUUGCAGCAAGUGUUGGGGUGCUUUAUUAUAAUAUGACUGGUUUGAAUGUAUGUGCAAAUUUAAACAAUUUAUAUGCUAAUAGUAAUUUCGGGAUUGAGAGCGGAUGGAGUUAUAUUACUUGCAGCACGCUAAAUAUGCCGAUGGGAAGCAGUAAGGCAACUUCGAUGUUUGGAGAUUUACCUUGGGAUCAGGUAGAUAUAAAUAAUGCGUGCCUGACUGCUUGGAAUACGACGCCAGAAAUUAAUUAUGCAAGCCAAUGGUAUGGAGCUAGCAACAAUCCAGGCCAGACUUGGCAGUAUGCAAGUAAUAUUGUGUUUAGUAAUGGAGGAUUGGAUCCAUGGCAGGUAGGGUCAGUCACAAAAACGUUUGGAGAUGCUACAGUUGCUGCUUUUGUGGUUGACGGCGCAGCAUCCAUGAUGGAUCUGAUGUCUCCAAACCCAAAUGAUCCUCCCCAACUUUCGGCAGCAAGAGCAACUGAAAAAAUUGCAAUCCAGUACUGGCUUUAUGGGCUUGGAAAAAUCAAUAGUAGUUUAAAUUAA